UAUAAAGAGUUUCUCCGUCUUUCGAACCGUCUCAGUUGUCGGUGAGGCCGGCGGGGCGGAUCCCACACUAGAGUGGAAGAGAAAAUAAAGCAACACAACAAUAAUAACAACUUGGCCUUUUCGCACAUUUCGCUAGCAAGCUCCCCCGUGGAUAUAUAACAUCAAGAUGCCCUCAGCAAUGAACGCAAACAGGACAGUGCAAUCUGCCAGCCCAGAUGUGGGAUCCGCUCCAGGGUCAAUGGGUUUUGGAUUCGGUGGGCAGUCCGAAGUCUUGAAGCAAGUGCUGUGCGUCAUCGACAAGAAGGUCCGCAACAUGGAGAAGAAAAAGAGCAAACUGGAUGAUUACCAAGGCAGAAAGAAUAAAGGGGAGGGUCUCAAUCAGGACCAGCUGGAGGCCCUCUCCAAAUACCAAGAAGUCAUGAAUAAUCUGGAAUUUGCCCGAGAAUUGCAAAAGACAUUUAUUGCACUGGGACAAGAUAUCCAGAAGGUGGUGAAGAAGUCUGCGCGGCGGGAGCAGCUGCAGCGGGAGGAGGCCGAACAGAGAAGGCUGAAGACCGUUCUCGAGCUGCAGUUCCUCCUGGACCGACUGGGUGACGAGACUGUGCGGCAGGACCUGAAGCAGGGAGUCGGCGGCUCACCGCUGCUGACAGAUGGAGACCUUGCAUCUUUUGAUGAGUUCUACAAGUUGGUGGGGCCAGAACGUGACCAAAACGUCAGGUUGGCUGACCAGUAUGAAGACGCAUCUGUGCACCUCUGGGACCUGCUGGAAGGGAGGGACAAGGCUGUGGUUGGGACAACAUAUAAGGCACUGAAAGAGACUUUGGACCAGGUUCUGCUGAGCGGGUACUUUGACCAGGUUCCCUCACACCAGAACGGAGUGUGUGAGGAGGAAGAAGAGGAAGAGCCAGUCGCAGCGGCAACGGCAGCAGCUGAAUCGUCGGAAGCAGAAGAGCAGAAUGUCGAUGCAGAAACUGAAAUCGUUGAGGAGUUCACAGAGCCCAUUGCAGUGGAAACAACAGAGUUUGUUAACAGACAGUUCAUUCCAGACGGCACACACAGCGGCAGUGAGAAGGAGCAGGGGGAUGAGUGGACCAGGGAAACGGAGGCUGUUAACGCCUUGCAGCAGCAGCAGCAGCAGCAGCAGCCUGUGCAGCCUGCAGCUCCUCCCGUUACCCUGGAGACCCACCCCAUGAAUUUAACAUCUCCUGCACCACCUAGUGACCCCAUGGCCAGGAAGCAGGUGGUGCAGGACUUAAUGGCACAGAUGCAAGGGACGUACAACUUCAUGCAGGACUCCAUGUUGGAGUUUGACGGACAGCCCAUUGACCCCGCUAUUGUAUCAGCGCAGCCCAUGAAACCCACUCAGAACAUAGAUGUAGCGCAGAUGGUGUGUCCUCCAGUUCACCCCGAGUCCCGGCUAUCGCAACCCAACUCUGUUCCUGUCCAACCUGAGCCCUCACAAGUUCCCAUUGUCUCGCCAACACCACCCCCUAUGUAUCAGACCUCACACACGCCGGACCCCCGACCCUCAACAGAAUCAAUCGACCCCAUCCAGACCUCCAUGUCCUUGUCGUCAGAGCAGCCUCCACCUUCCACAGCUCUCCCUGCUGCCUCUCAGACGCAGGUUUUCCAGCCUGUUUCCAAAGCUCCUCACAGCAGUGGCAUCAAUGUCAAUGCAGCACCAUUCCAAUCAAUGCAGACAGUGUUCAACCUUAAUGCCCCAGUCCCACCAGCUAAUGAGGCUGAGGCUUUGAACCAGGCCAGCCAGUACCAGAACAGCUACAACCAGGCCUUCAGCAGCCAGCCACAGCAUCCCGUGGAGCAGACAGAGAUGCAGUCGGAACAGCUGCAGUCUGUAGUCGGUGCCUUCCAUUCCCAAGACCAGUCGGGAGGCCAUCCGCAGCCUUCCCAGCAGGGCCCAGGCUUUGGCAGGCAGCCUCAGUCCUUCUACAACAGCAGAGGAAUGCCUCGUGGUGGACCCCGCAACGCCAGGGGCAUGAUCAACGGCUACAGAGGUUCGUCCAACGGAUUCAGAGGUGGCUAUGAUGGUUAUCGUCCUCCUUUCGCUAACACUCCAAACUCUGGAUAUGGACAGACUCAGUUCAGCACACCCCGGGAUUACUCCAAUGGGAAUUAUCAGAGGGACGGUUACCAACCGAACUACAAGCGUGGAGCCGGCCAGGGACCUAGAGGAGUGUCGAGAGGCAGCACUCAAGCAAUGCGAUCCUGAAAGGGCCUUUCAUAAUGACUGUGACUGAUUAAUUUGCACCACACUGAAAAUUCAGAUUUCAAGAAUUGCAUUCGCCCCAGCUCAAUCUUUGCUCUCUUUCGUUUCUUCUUCAUCAGUGGUAUUUUACCUGUCUCUCCAAUCAAAGUAAUGGCUGCUUUGAUAUUUGGAAAUGUUAAAUCCUUUACAGUUUAAAACACAUGCUGUAAAUCUAAUCACUGAUUUACACAAGCUAUGUGUUAUAAUAUUCCUGUAAACUUGAAAGAUUUCAUAAGUUAUUUUUUGUAUAAAAAAAUGCACCUGCCACUGCUGGUCCAAUCCUUGGGAGUAUUUUCCCUUUCUCAGUUCUUUUCUGUCAUUUUGGUUCUAAACAAGCUUUUAUGUUCAACAAGCUCCCGUUUCCUUGUUUGUAAAUUGAUGUUGCUUCAAGAGUUUCAAUAAAGUUGUGUUGCAUA